AUGUCAGCAAGUGCCCAGUUCUCAUGGAAAGCUUUCCUCAAUGAUUGUAAGGCUUGUAGGUUCACGUAUGGCAGAAAUUCUAGUAUGAAUCCCCAACUAUAUGAGGCUGCAUACAAUAAAAUGAAAAUCCACCAGACGUUUAAAGACAAUUCUAAACUACAAGUUGUUGAUAUGUAUUCAGGUCCAGGGGUUGGCGCCAAGGUUUUUAAUGAUAUGGUUCAACCUCAAACACAUAUUCUAAUGGAACCAAAAGCUGCAUUUGCAAAAAUCGCAGAAGAUCAUAUUUCCGGUUCGGGAAGCAUCAAGCUGUACAGAAAGGAGCCAUAUUUAUGGGAAUCGUUUAUUUCUCUAACCAAUGAGGAUAAACUUAUAGCUCCUGAAAAGCAAUCGCUUGAUCAUAUUCAUGAUAGCUUUCUAAUCAUGGGGAACUUGACGGAUAAGAGGGGCGAACAGUUGUACAUGCAGUACCUGCAGUGUGUUGCGAACCGAAAUUGGUUACAACGUUUUGGUUUGGUGAAAAUGGUGCUGUGGGUGGGACAGUCAACGGCUGCUAAGCUGUUAGCGCCUGUGGGGUUUAGAGGUAGAUCGAGAUGUUCACUUAUUACAGAAGCGGUAACUAAAACUAAAUUAAUUGCAACAAGCGAAGAGAAGGCUUCGAAGCUGUUUCAUAGCGAUGUAUUGGAGGAAAAUGAUCCAAUCCUAAUUAAAGAAGAAAAAGGCGAUGUAGCUCUAUUGGAAGUUACUCCAGUAAAGCACGAUCUGUCGCUGGAUAGCUGGGAUUACUGCGCUCAACGUUUGAUGAUUACCAAAUCCCAACCAUUGGAAAGUAUUCUGGAGGUUUUGGGACAUGGUGCAAAAGAAUAUUUGGUACCCAGACUAGAUCCUAGGCUACUAUCUAUGAAGCCCAUAUGUAUGACACCCGAAGAUUUCUCUAUUAUAGCCCGAGAAUUCGACACAUGGCCAUUUAAACCAACAACGUUGAUUGACUUUUACGAAGUGGUGGAUAGCCACUGA